GACACGGCUAACGUACGAUUUUCGUCGAAAGAAAAAAAAUCUUUGCCACGUUUUGUUUUUGGUUAAUCGUGCAUUUUGGGUGAUUCAGCUUGUUCUAUGUAUUUGUCGUUAAUAUGUGUAUCAUUUUUGUUAGCUUGACUCUCUGGUAAACGUUACCUCAGUUUAAAAUUAUUUAUAGGUUCAUUGACUCGGUAGUUAGAGGAUAUCUUCUUUUUACGUAUUUUUUGUGACAUUUAUGAUAACGUUGUUCUGUAAGAUAAUAAAACGAAGCACACGUGGACACUGACUCGCUUGGUAGAUCGUUUAAAAUUGUACUGUCAGUGGUCCCACGAUAAUGUACAUUGUUUAUCGAUCCCAUUGUUGCCUGGUAACCAGGGACGCACACCGCGAGGUGCACCUGCACUCGAAUUUCACAUGAUCCUCGCCACUUAUGGCACAGUGACAUAUGGUGCGAGCUGUAAAUAUCAUUGAACUGUGCGAACAUUUUCAUCCCAUGUUCGUUGUGUUUACCUGCGCGCACAUGAGUUUGUUACUCGGCGACGUUUUCAAAUAAAAAAUGAAACGCAGUAACCAGCAGAUCGCCGAAUCCUGUUGAGUCAGCUUUUUAAGACAGAACGAUUGUAUGCGGUAAAAACAAAACGUCGCUUUAUAGAAACCUUUCACAACCGAAUGACUACCCAAAUCCCGUGUACACUAAAAAUCUCAAAUUAACGAUGCGGUGACAGUGAAAUAAAAACAAAGAACAAACGUAAAGGAAAAAAAAUAAGCACUCAUUAUGAUUAUUUCUGACUAACAAUUUCGUGACGUCGGAUCGUGAUAUAAUGUAAUAACAUUAUUCUUCUGUUUCAUGAUUCUGCUAUCUGAAUAAACAAUUUGAUUUUGACAUUAUAUUUAGUGUAGGAGGUAAAUAAUAAAUAGCCCAUUAUUAUUUUUAAAACUUGGCUAAUGAUCUACGCCAUUGGUAUGAGGUGAAACAGUCGAUAGGUAUUUUAAUCUGAAAGUGAUUACCUAUCGGUUUACUAAAAAAAAAUAAUGGACUAUUUAUCAGUACCCUCAUAUUUAUUCUAGAAUUGAAAAAAAUAUUUUGAAGUAUAAAAAAGUGUGACAUUGAGAAUUGGUAAAGGAUGGAUUCCAACUAUCUACCAUUGAUUCGUAACAUUGCGGUACUUUCUAUUCGAGCGACGCUUGGUCGAGUUCACCUGUUGCGACGUUGACAACUUACUGGCGUGUGCAGUCAUUUCAGACAUAUUCCGUUAUAUCGAAUGUCACGAACAUUUCAUCGUAAUGUAAUAACCGUAUAGAAAUGGGAAAUUUUGUUUGAAGAUAAUUUCAGUCAUUAUACCGAUUUAAAUUUUCGACGUAUCCCGUAGGUAUUGAGGCUAAGAACACAUCACGUAAAACGCACGCACACACACCUCGCUAGAAUCUGACUCACAAUUUGUAUUCACCGAGGUUUCAAGCUGAUCAGAAUGUCGAAUGAUCGAGAGGGAGAAACAGGAAUAACAAUUCCACUGCAAUAUAAUAACGCUCAUUGGAGGUCUAUAUUUGAAAAAUAUGACCUCGAUAAAGAUGGAAAAAUCUCUUAUCAGGAAUUAAAAGCUAUGAUUCAGUGUUCUGAUUACUCCAACGAUAUUCCAACUAGGGUUGUUCGUACAAUUAUGCAGAAGGCAGAUUUAGAUGCUUCUGGAAAUUUAGAUUAUCCUGAAUUCAUAGCCAUGAUUCACAGAAAGGAUAUGCAAGGUGUUUUUGGACAUCUUGUACAAAGAUAUGUCCACUCAAUGGUACCACAAAGGCCAACCGUCUUCCUAGCACCCUCCAGUGAUUAUCCUGAUGGACAAUACGAAGAGGAGUAUACUUGUAAACCUCCUGCCAUAGCAAUGAUAAUUAUAUCCAUAUUGGAAAUUACUUUAUUUUUGUAUGAUGUGAUUACACAUCGGUCUAUAUCCAUAGAAGGGCCUGCAGCUACAUUAUUUAUUUAUAAUCCACAUAAAAGGUACCAAGCAUGGAGGUACCUAACGUACAUGUUUGUGCAUGUGGGCACGUUUCAUCUGGUGGUUAAUCUACUUGUACAGAUAAUGCUGGGUAUUCCAUUAGAAAUGGUACAUAAAUGGUGGAGAGUAUUGACCAUUUACAUAGCUGGUGUUGUAGCAGGAUCUCUUGGCACAUCUGUGUCAGAUCCUGGAGUGUAUUUAGCAGGCGCAUCAGGUGGUGUGUAUGCACUGAUUACUGCUCAUGUGGCAACCAUUGUAAUGAACUGGUCACAAAUGGAAUUUGCAGUAAUGCAAUUGUUAGUAUUUCUUGUUGUGACUUCGUUUGAUAUUGGCCAAGCAAUAUACAACCGUUAUGUAUUAGAGAAGAAUGACCAAGUGGGAUAUGUUGCUCAUUUUGCUGGUGCCAUUGCAGGGCUACUCGUAGGUAUAAAUGUUCUUCGUAAUCUUGAAGUGCGAACAUGGGAGAAAGUUGUGUGGUGGGCCAGUAUUAUUACUUACGUUGCACUUAUGACUGCAGCCAUUUUAUGGAAUGUUUUAUACACUUCUUACUAUGAUCAGUUAUAACGUAUAAAUAUACGUUAUUUCGUAUAACCACUUUCUGGCAUUGUUAUUGUUGCUAGAGAUUUACAAUUUUGCUGAUGUCUAAACAAAACCAAGCACAAAUUUUUCAUUAAAAUUAUCGAAAAGACCAGACAUGUCAAUUAUAGUGUUAUACUUUGCAUUUCAAAGUAACAUACCCAAUAAUAAAUGCAGAGUUACAUCUGUUUCGUAGAUGUAGAAGGAAUACUAAUAUACUACAUACUGUGAUAUACAAUGCCUGUAUGUGAAACAAAAAUAGAUGUUAAAUAUGAUGUCUUAAAUAUGAAAUCUUAUCAUAUUGGUAACAUUAAAUAUUCAUAACAACAAUUAAUGCAUAGAUAUGAUAGACAGAAGAAUUAUUUUUGAAUUAUAAAUGAACAAAAUAAUUAAUGUUUAAAGAAAAUAAGAAAGUGAAAUCAAACUUUCUUGACUGAAGUUUAUAUUUGGCAGCUAAUUCAUAAUGAUCAAACACUUCCGUGUUAGUUAUAUCAUACAUUUUAAGGAGUGGCCUUCUUUCCUAAUGUCCUAAAAAUAAAAAUAUUACCGUUAUUUAAUUGUCGAAAGUGUGCUGCAACGUUUUCAACGUCUUGACACAUUUUUGAGUAAUAUUUAAUUAUUUAUAGUAUUUGAAUAACAACAAUAUUCAAUUUUAAAUUAUACGUAAAGUAUUGUUAAUAUAAGGGAAUUGUUAUCGCAAAUCUCGGCAACUUUUGUAUAAUAAGUUACUGCACUUCAUUACAUCAUGUAUUUAUGAUUUACUAUGUCAUGUACCUGAUUUGCAAAUUACUGAUGCGGAAUGGAAAUACUUUGAACAUACGUGUAAGAGUACACAGGAACCUCGCUGCGUUUAAAAUGCAAACUCAAGCAAAAACAACGCAAUUCUUAGGUUUUAUGUGUAGAUCUAAUGUCCAAGUGCAAUUUUUCAUUGAAUUAUAAUUCAACAAAACACAGUAUAAUCAAUACUCUCAUUUCACAAGCAAAAAUUUUGAGAAAUUUUUACAACAUGUUAUUAUACCAAAAAAGUAUUUUCAACUUAAAAUAUACCCAUGAAUCUUAAGGUAUAUUUUUUCGGUUAAUAGUCUUAAGAGUAUUGUUAAUUAUUAUUUUAACAUCAGUAGAUUCAUAGUAGUUCUAAUGAUUAUUUAAUUUUGUUGCGCAUAAUGAUACUAAUUUUGCUACUCAAUUAUUAAAAUCAAUCCAGGUAAAAAUGUUCCAGAUGUUCUUAAAAUAUAUUUUUACACUUGCACACGCACAAGUGAGAAGAUAGUUUAAAGCAAUGCAAUGCUAACUGUAAAAGAUAAUAUAAUUUCUUUAUUCAUCAUAAGAUAACAAAUUCAUACUUAAAUAAGUAAAUUAUAAAUUGUAAUAAAACGUUAAAAAAUACUAUUACAUACAAUCAUAAGGAAAAGUAAAAUUUUUUUGAGUGUUCGAGUAUUUUUAAAAAUCGUUAAAAUUAUUCAACGAAACUGAGCAACGAACGCUGAAAAAAUUAUUUUAGAAAAUAUCAGGGUGUACUGUUAACUUACAACCGUUUGCUUGUCAUGAAAGACGUAAACAACGAUUAACAUUAAAGAGAAAAUAUCGUUCCGCGAAAAUAUAUCAGGAACUAAGUUUAACGACGAUCUCGAGAGGCAGGGUAAAAAAAGGCGUAUCACAAAAAACUUAGUUGCAACGAGAUUUCGAUGUUGUCGUACAAAAAGAUUUGCUAAGAAACCUCAUCUACUAUUCUCAAUCGUAUUUAUUACGAUUCUUCGCGUCUUAAAUACUGUUCAUGUAUUAUCUCUUGUUUGUAAGUUUUGUAAUGAGUGUCAAAUGAAAAAAAGGAAUGUGAAAGUGCACACCGUAGUAAUUCGGCCGAUCAAUGUGUGUGAAUGUAUGUCUAUAUUUAAAUUAAACGAAGUAUGUUCACGUUAUUUGUAUAUUUUGUACGCGUCUAUAUAAUUAUAUAUGAACAAAAUAAAGUAAA